UUACGCGGAUUAUUAAUUAAUUUGACUAAUGACAAACAAGACAUGGAAGAAAUAUUUGAUUGGGAUUGGGAAAAUAAAAAUGAAGGUUUGGGGUAUAAUUACUACACUGCUUUAUCUCCGGCUGAAUUAAAGAAGUUGAAAAAAGAAAAAGAAUUCAAUAAACCUAAUCUAACAGUUACAUAUGUAAAUAUUUAA